CACCUGUUCGUGGAUCAGAAGUUGCAGAGAAGGGCCAUGGCCAGCCACGAGCACAAGAUCGACCACCUCGACCAACCCUACUACGGGCCACCCAUCCCUCCAGCACCACCGGCGACAACCAGUGCCGGCGUCCGCCCGCCGGGGCGCCGCCGUGACUCGUACGCGCUCUUCUGCCACGCCUUCCGCGUGCUGACGCUCGUGCUCAUCGCGCUCGGCGUCGUGGCGCUGGUGCUCUGGCUCGUCUACCAGCCCAGCAACCUCAAGGCAUACGUCGACUCCGCGCAGCUCACCCGCUUCGACCUCGCCACCGACGCCAACGGCACCGGAACCCAGCUGCUGCGCUACAACCUCACCGUGGGCGUCAGCAUCCGCAACCCGAACCGGAAGCAGGCCGUGCUGUACAGGCGCCUGGACGCCGUGGCGUUCUACGGCGGCCAGCGGUUCGGGUACGUCGACUUCCCGCGGAUGCAGCAGGACCGGAAGAGCACGAUGGAGGUACGGCCGAGCUUCCAUGGACAGGCCGCCUUCGCAACCGGCGAGGCAGCGUUGUUCGGCAGGGAGAAGGAGGAGGGGUUCUUCGGCAUCAACGUCAAGCUACACACGAGGGUGCGGCUGAAGGUGAUCAUCGUCAACAGCGUCGAGUACAGGCCGGACGUGGACUGCUACAUCAGGGUCCCAGACCCGAGCAACGCCACGGCGGUGGCGCUGGGGUUCACGCCGACGCAGUGCCAUGUCGACGACUUCUCGUGACAGAUGAGCGCGGAAGAUGCGAGCAAUAAGUUUGAUGUUACGCGGAUGAAUUGAUCGAAAUGUUUACGUUCGCGUACUGUCAUUUUCUGCUUGAUUUUUCUUUUAUCUAAGACUAACUACCUAUCCGUUGGGAUCCAAUAUCUGCUAAUUAAUAGUCAUCUAGCUAAUAUGUCACAACUAAUAUUAGCAAGUUUGGUUCAAGUAGUGAAAUACUAGUUAUUAGUUAUGUACCUAGCUAACAAUAGACCUGUUUGGAUCAAGGAGACGAUUAUUAGCAGCUAACUACUAAAUAUAUCUCCAUGAAUCUAAACCAGGCUUGAUUAAUCCUUAGAUUUGGCAUUUUUUAUUUAUUUUGUAAAAAAAACACGCAAAUUUUCGUUGUUUA